UGGAAAAAAGAAAGGAAAAGAAGGGAAGCACCAAGCCACCACCAAGGACAAGAAAACAAGAGAGACAGAGGGCACCUUGAGGAGCUCGUCUAUCUCUUUCUCGUAUAGAAACCCUAGUUUUCACCGUCUCUCUUCAAGACCCAAACUUUUUCUUCCUCUCUUUCUCCAAAUCCAGUUCCUUCAGUCUCGAUCUCCUUUUCAUUUUCCACCUAAACGCCGCCGUCUCAUCCUCAACCUGCAAAACCCCUGAUUUCGCAAAUCUAGGGUUUCUGCUUGUUCUCACUCACUCUCUCUGUCUGCCGCUCACAACGCGAUGCAUCUCCGGAACGCUUGAAUUUUUGUCCCUCCGUUAAUACUGACAAAGUUCGGAGCUUUUUAAAUUUUGGGACGUGAUAAAGAGGAAAAGUUAUGUAUAGCCAUAGGGAUCGAGGAGGGGGGCCGUCGAAAUCGGAGCUAGUGCCUUUGGAUCGGAAGCGCAUAAAUGAUGCGCUGGACAAGCAUCUAGAGAAGUCGUCUCCGUCCACUUCGAGGGGCUUGAACAGCAAAGACAAAGAAAGAUCCUCUGUUCCUUCAACUUCCACUGGAAAAUCCCAGCUUGAUCAUCGCGAUUCGCGCUCUGCAGCUCUCUCCAAAGCCAAAUGUUCUGAUGAGGAAUCUGAAACAGACAGUGAAGAAUCAGAUGUUAGUGGCUCCGACGGAGAUGACACAUCUUGGAUCUCAUGGUUUUGCAAUUUGCGAGGCAAUGAGUUUUUCUGUGAAGUUGAUGAUGAAUACAUCCAAGAUGACUUUAAUCUUUGUGGGUUGAGCAGUCAAGUUCCAUAUUAUGACUAUGCACUUGAUUUAAUAUUGGACGUUGAAUCUUCUCAUGGUGAUAUGUUCACUGAAGAACAGAAUGAAUUGGUUGAAUCAGCAGCUGAGAUGUUGUAUGGUCUUAUACAUGUCCGUUACAUAUUAACUAGCAAGGGAAUGUCUGCUAUGUUGGAGAAAUACAAAAACUAUGACUUUGGGAGAUGCCCAAGAGUUUACUGCUGUGGACAACCUUGUCUUCCAGUUGGUCAGUCAGAUAUUCCUCGUUCAAGUACCGUGAAAAUCUACUGUCCGAAAUGUGAAGAUAUAUAUUAUCCUCGAUCCAAGUAUCAAGGCAAUAUUGAUGGAGCUUAUUUUGGAACGACAUUCCCACAUCUAUUUCUGAUGUCAUAUGGUCACCUAAAGCCGCAAAAGCCAACGCAAAACUAUACCCCAAGAGUUUUCGGCUUCAAGAUGCACAAGCCCUGAUGUAAUACCGGAGUUAAAAGCUGUACCUUGUGUUUGAGAUCAUCCUCUUGUUCAGACGAUGGCGAUUUUCACUUAGCCGAGUGCUUCUUUUGAUGCAGCAAAGGACCCUUACCAUGCAAGGUUGAAGUAGGGUUCCCAAAGAAGAAAAAAAUGAAAGUGUAAUGAAAGUGUUACGAUUGAUAUGCCGAUGAAAAUGUUAUAAAAUGCAAUAUGGCCUGUUAGUUGAGCGCCAACAACAUACUUCCUAGAAUUUAUUCAUGAAUUUAACAGAGAGUUUGUAAGCAUAUUUCUUAAAUCGUGGGUUGAGGAUUGUUUGAAGUGCUUCUCUUGUUGUA